GCUCUCCGGGCGGCGCUCCGACGAAGGGCGCGGCCACGUAGCCCCCUUCCUUCCGCCGAGGCUGCCCACCCGGCCCUGCUCUGCGCACACCCAGGCGCCCGGCCCUGGGCUCGUCUCGGGCUCAGGUCCCGCUCCGCGCACUAACCGUCCCCGCCACAGCGGGAGUCAUGGCUUUCCUCGGGGCCCGGGCCCGCUGCUCGGCGGCAGCCGCCGCCAAAGUGGCCCAGAGGCGCCGCCUGGCGGAGGACGCGAGAGGACCUCCGAGUCCGCCCGGGAGCCAGCGCGCCGUGCUUUACGUCCACUGGCCCUACUGCGAGAAGCGCUGCAGUUACUGCAACUUCAAUAAGUACAUCCCACGCGGCGUGGACGAGGCUGCUGUUCGGCGCUGUCUGGUGACCGAGGCUCAGACGCUGCUGCGGCUCAGCGGGGUGCGGCGGGUGGAGUCUGUAUUCUUUGGUGGGGGUACCCCCAGUCUGGCCAGCCCCCAUACUGUGGCAGCUGUCCUAGAGGCAGUGGCCCAGGCAACUCACCUGCCUGCAGACUCUGAAGUCACACUGGAAGCCAACCCCACUUCGGCCCCAGGCUCCAGACUGGCAGCAUUCAGGGCGGCAGGAGUCAACAGGUUGUCCGUUGGCCUCCAGUCCCUAGAUGACACUGAGCUCCAGCUGCUGGGGCGGACACACUCGGCCAGCGAUGCUCUGCAGACGCUGGCAGAGGCCCGGCGCCUCUUCCCCGGGCGUGUGUCUGUGGACCUGAUGCUGGGGCUGCCGGCGCAGCAGGUGGGGCCGUGGCUCGGGCAGCUGCGGGAGCUGCUACGCCACUGUGAUGACCACGUCUCCCUCUACCAGCUGUCCCUGGAGCGGGGCACUGCACUCUUCACCCAAGUGCAGCGGGGCACCCUUCCUGCCCCUGACCCUGAGCUGGCUGCUGAGAUGUACCAGGAGGGACGGGCAGUCCUUCGGGAGGCUGGCUUCCGCCAGUAUGAGGUCUCCAACUUCGCCCGGAAUGGGGCGCUUAGUACCCACAAUUGGACUUAUUGGCAGUGUGGUCAGUACCUUGGCGUUGGGCCUGGGGCCCAUGGGCGAUUUGUGCCCCAGGGGGCUGGGAGCCACACCCGGGAGGCUCGGAUCCAGACCCUGGAGCCGGACAACUGGAUGAAGGAGGUGAUGCUGUUUGGGCACGGCACCCGGAAGCGCGUCCCCCUGGGCGAGCUGGAGCUGCUGGAGGAAGUUUUGGCCAUGGGGCUGCGCACCGAUGUGGGGAUCACUCACCAGCACUGGCAGCAGUUUGAGCCGCCGCUGACCCUGUGGGAUGUGUUUGGAACCAGCAGGGAGGUGAAGAUGCUACUGGAGCAGGGCCUGUUGCUGCUGGAUCACAGGGGGCUUCGGUGUUCGUGGGAGGGUCUGGCUGUGCUGGACUCUCUGUUGCUGGAUCUGCUGUCUCAGCUCCAAGACACCUGGUGGCAGAGAACCCCCUCCCCUGUGCCAGGAGGAUAACCGCCUGUCCCCGUAUCCUAGGACGCUGCUAGGUGAUGGUAUUCGGACGUGGAGCUUUGGGAGGUGCUUAGGUUAUGAGGAUGAAGACCUCGUGAAUGGGAUUAGCGCACUUGUGAAAGAGACCUCAGAGAACUCCCUGGCCCCUUCCACCCUGUGAAGACACAGAGGGGAAGACACAGAUGGCUGUGAACCAGAAAUUGAGCCCUCACCAGGCACUGAAUCUCCUGGCACCUUGAUCCUGGACUCGAGAAAUAAAUAUUUGUUGUUUAAGCCA